AUGACCGUUCAUAUCAGCAUCCUCUCUGCCAAGGCCACCUUUAAUUUCACAGGCAACAAGCCGGCCAUCAGCGGUCUAAAGUCUGCGGAGGUUGUCGAUAUAGAGGAUGGUGACGAAAAGUUCCGCGCUCAGUCAACAUCAGGUUCCAACAAGACUUUGGUAGAUGAACACGGUGAUGUUGACACGUUCAAGACGGUCAAUUGGCUAGCGGGGGUCGGAGACAUAUGUAAUGACACGUCGAGGGAAGGUAUCAAGGGCAAUACUAUCUUGCAAACAUAUGACCGCGAGUGCGGCCUUUCCCCGUGGCUAUCCUCCAACAUAGGGACGAGAGGAACCACAGACCUGGUCAAGCAUCGUCGCCCUGAUGUCAAGACCAACACUCGACGUAGCGCCCUCCGCCGCCACUGCGAUUUCUGGGACGCCGAUCAGGAUGGAGUGAUCUACCCUUGGGACAUCUUCAUAGGCUUCCGUAAACUCGGCUUCAACAUCGCUCUGUGCCUAUGGGCAGCGGUCACCAUGGCUGUAUGUUCAUCCUAUAGCACCCAGUCAUCUUUCCUCCCGCAUCCUUUCUUCGCCAUCUAUCUCGACAACGUCAAUCGCAAUCGACACGGAAGCACCACUGGCGCGUACGACUUGGAUGCUGAACUGGACACACGACGAUUUGAUGCGAUCUUCGAAAAGUACGCCGGUGGCAAGGACUACCUAACAUGGCGGACUAUGUAUGAUGUUUGGGCAGGUCAAUGUUGCGCAAACGAUUUCUUUGGGUGGUUUGCGGGGGGCCUAGAAUGUAAGUAUUAG